UGUUUGUAUUGUUUGGUGUAAUAAAUAACUUCAAGUAAGUAGGUAACAAUUGAUCCGAUUGUUUUUGUUAAAAAUCGUACUUAUGGGUGAUUCGGUGGCGUGCGCUGACAUCUUAAAAUUUAAAGUUUUGGCUAAAUGUUCGCGUUCUCGAGCUAGAGUGGCCGAAUUGAGGAUUCCUCAUGCUGUCUUGCAAACUCCCAUCUUCAUGCCGGUUGGAACGAAAGGUACUAUGAAGGGCCUGACUCCGAAACAGUUGGAGCGGUGUGGUUGCAGAAUGAUGCUAAGCAACUCCUACCACCUGGCUGAAACACCUGGUAUGGAGGUUCUGCAGAAAGCUGGUGAUCUUCAUAAUUUCAUGAAAUGGAAUAACGGUUUACUAACGGACAGCGGGGGGUUCCAGAUGGUCUCAUUGGCCAAGUUGACGAAACUGGAUGAAGAUGGUGUGGAGUUUCAAUCGCCGUACACAGGUGCCAAGAUGACAGUCACUCCAGAAUAUUCCAUGCAAGUGCAAAAUACCAUUGGCGCAGACAUCAUGAUGCAGUUGGAUGAUGUCGUUAAGACGACUGGCGAAGAUGAUAGGAUGAAGGAUGCGAUGUAUAGAACAAUACGUUGGUUGGACCGAUGUAUAGCUGCCCAUAAACGAACUGACCACCAAAUACUCUUCCCCAUUGUUCAGGGUGGACUGAACUUUGAGUACAGAACCAUCUGCGCUGAAGAAAUGGUGAAGAGAAACAUGCAAGGGUAUGCCAUAGGGGGGUUAAGUGGUGGCGAGCCGAAAGAUCAAUUUUGGCCCAUCGUCAAACAUACGGCCCAUCUGCUGCCUUACAAUAAACCCAGAUACCUCAUGGGUGUUGGGUUCACAUUGGACCUCAUCGUAUCGGUAGCUCUUGGAUGUGAUAUGUUCGACUGCGUCUUUCCCACAAGAACUGCUAGGUUCGGGAUAGCCCUCGUACCUACGGGUCAGUUGAAUUUGAAGCACAGCAAAUUCAAGAACGACUUCAGAAAGAUCGACGAUGAGUGCGAUUGCCAAACUUGCCAGAACCACACGAGAAGUUACAUCCACCAUUUCGUCACGCAGCAUGCCGUCUUUGCUUCACUCAUUACAAUACAUAACGUCACUCAUCAUAUGAAACUGAUGGCGAAAGUCCGCGAGAGCAUCUUGAAGGAUAGGUUCCCGGAAUUUGUGGACGGCUACAUCAACUCGCAAGUCAAACGAUCCAGUACACCAAAGUGGGUCAUUGAUGCUCUGGCCUCUGUCAACAUCAACAUCAAAGAUCAUAAAUCAACUGCGGCUGCCAGUGCUGCUGUUGUCGACGAUGUUGUCGACGAUGUGGCCACUGAUGUUGUUGAUUUCGGUGGGGGUGGUGAUGUUGUUUGUGAUGGGGAGAAGUGUGCUGCUGACGGAAACCUCACCACGGCGAAUUGUGGUGAUAGCGAUAGGAAAUGAGAUGAAUGUCCUGUGACAUGUGAAGUUACAAAAGGAAGUGCUGAGAUGUCAUGUGUUCUUACUGGAUGUGUAGCUGAAGAAGGGCUUUGGAGUCGCGGGUGUUCUCGUUAAGACAUUAGACAAUUUAUUCAUAGAUCGUGAUUUUAAAUGAAUCUAACUAGAGCAAAAUGGUUGUUGGAUGACGAACGUUGGGAUGUCACGUUACUUAGGAUAUAUAUUUGUGUGCUGUGCUGUACAUGCCUUGUUGUGUGUGUGUGUGUAUGUGUGUGUGUGUGUGUGUGUGUGUGUGUGUGUGUGUGUGUGUGUGUGUGUGUGUGAUUAGGUCUAUUUUUUAGUUUUAUAUUUCAUUUCUAGUAGAUUAUGUUAACUAUUGCAAAGUCUAUUUUUGAUUAACAUCGUUUCGUAAGGUUUGCUCAAUGGCGCAUUCUACAGUACUUAAUAGAUUUUGUUAUUUGAUUUAGU